GGGAGAGGUUUAAGAGAAAGAAACCAAGUGAAGAGACAGACAAAUAGUAUUCUCAUCCAAAUAAACACCUCAGAGACCUUACUUUUCUUCUCUCCAACACCUCAGACAAAUAUAUAUAUAUAUAUUAAUACAUAUAUCUAUAUAUAAUAUACUGCAAAACUCAGUAGUCUUUGCCUUGGUUUUGAUAAAUGUAAAAAGACAAAGAGGACUGAAUUUCUUCUCAUACAUAUUUAUAUAUAAAGGAUUUGUUUUCCUUUAUCAUUCGUAAUUUUAGCUUACUGGGCGUCUUUCAAUGGCUUCGCUUAAGGGCUCUGUGUUGUCCUCCGUUUUUGGGUUCGUCUGCAUUGUUUUGUUCUCAAAUAUCUGUUUCGCCGCUGACCCCACCAUUUCUUACGAGUUCCAUAUCUCUUACAUCACUGCUUCUCCUCUUGGUGUUCCUCAACGGGUUAUAGCUGUUAAUGGGAAGUUUCCAGGUCCUCGAAUAAAUGCCACCACAAAUAAUAAUGUCCUUGUUAAUGUCUUCAACAAAUUGGAUGAGAAUCUCUUGAUUACUUGGCCUGGGAUCCAGUUGCGAAGAGAUUCAUGGCAGGAUGGUGUUCUUGGUACCAAUUGUCCCAUUCCUCCUAAGUGGAAUUGGACUUAUGACUUUCAAGUUAAGGAUCAGAUUGGUAGCUUCUUCUACUUCCCCUCUAUCAAUUUCCAGAGAGCAGCAGGUGGCUUCGGCUCCUUUGUCAUCAACAAUCGACCAGUCAUAUCCAUUCCUUUCGCCCAGCCUGAUGGUGAUAUUGAAAUCUUCAUUGGAGAUUGGUAUAUCAGAAAUCAUACUGCAUUAAGGACAUCUUUAAGUGCUGGGAAAGAGCUUGGGAUGCCAGAUGGAGUUCUCAUCAAUGGAAAAGGGCCAUAUCGUUACAACAACACUCUUGUGCCUGAUGGUAUUGAACAUGAAACCAUCAAUGUUGACCCAGGCAAAACUUAUCGACUUCGCGUGCACAACGUUGGAGUUUCUACAAGUUUAAACUUCAGAAUUCAGAGUCACAAUAUACUUUUAGCCGAAACAGAGGGACACUAUACUAUGCAACAAAACUACACUGACUUCGAUAUUCAUGUUGGGCAGUCUUAUUCUUUCUUGUUGACCACUGAUCAGAAUGCCAGUACCGAUUACUAUAUUGUUGCCAGUGCUAGGUUUGUAAAUGAAUCUAUUUGGCAAAGGGUCACAGGAGUUGCAGUCCUGCACUACUCUAAUUCUAAAGGUCCAGCCACUGGUCCUCUCCCCGAUCCACCAAAUGAUGUGUUUGACAAAACAAGGUCGAUGAAUCAAGCAUUGAGUGUCAGGCAAAAUGGAUCAGCCAGUGGAGCUCGGCCUAACCCCCAGGGUUCAUUUCACUAUGGCUCCAUUAAUAUCACUGAUACGUAUGUUAUUAGGAGUUUACCACUAGUAACAAUCGGUGGUUCUCGACGAGCUACACUUAAUGGCAUCUCUUUUCUCAAUCCCAAGACUCCAAUGAGGCUUGCUGACAAGCAUAAACUUAAAGGAGUUUAUAAGCUUGAUUUCCCCAAUAGACCUCUUAAUAGACCACCUCGAAGAGACAUUUCUGUGAUUAAUGGUACUUACAAGGGAUUCAUGGAAAUUAUAUUCCACAACAAUGAUACCAUAAUGCAGAGUUUCCAUAUAAAUGGCUAUUCUGGUUUUGUGGUCGGGAUGGAUUAUGGUAAUUGGACAGAGGACAGUAGAGGUAGAUAUAACAAGUGGGAUGCCAUCUCUCGCGCCACUAUUCAGGUAUACCCGGAGGCAUGGACAGCAGUUCUGAUAUCUCUUGACAAUGUUGGAGUAUGGAACAUACGAUCUGAAAACCUUGACAGAUGGUAUCUUGGGCAAGAAACAUACUUGAGAAUCAUCAAUCCGGAUGAAAAUGGCGAAACAGAGUUUGCUCAGCCUGAUAAUGUUUUAUUCUGUGGUGACCUAGCCUAUUUGCAAAAGGAACAGAAACAUAAUUCGGCCAUUUCGAUUUCAAGGGAAUUCUUGAGGCUGCCUUUAACUCUACUGAUUGCAUUUUUCGUUUUCACCAUAUGUAGUUGAUUGAUGUUUCUCUACGAUUGAUUGUCGUUGAUAUGGUUUUGUUCUUGUUUACAAUUCCUGGCAGUAGCACUGGCAACUGUUUCUUUUGGUAAUGUGAGUAGUUGCUGUUGGGUUUACCAUACAAACAAAUUUAGUUUAGGAUUGGGAAAAAAGAGUAAGAAAUUCUAGUGAUUAUUUAUUUUCCUUGUUUGGUGACGUUUUAUUAAUUGUUCAUGUUAAUUGUC